AUGAUAAUAGAUCCGCGAACGUUCGAACGUUUCAACCUGAUACUCACGGGUGUCGUUGUUCCGCGCCCCAUAGCGUUCGUCUCGACAAUAUCUAUCGACGGUGUGGUCAAUCUGGCGCCGUACAGCUUUUUCAACGCUGUCGCGUACAACCCUCCCACGGUGGUGUUCUCAUCUUCCCGCAAAGCCGCCGGAUGGCAGGACAAACGCAAGGACACUUUGACCAACAUCGAAGAGACUGGUGAAUUCGUGGUCAACGUGGUGGUGGACGAUAUCGCCGCCGCCAUGAACGCCACCGCCGCCGAAUACCCCUCGGACGUCUCUGAGUUCGUCAUUGCCGGGCUAACCGAAGCGCCCAGCGAAGUUGUAAAGGCGCCUCGGGUGUUGGAAUCACCGGUUAACAUGGAGUGCCGGUUGAGCCAAAUCGUGAACAUUGGCGAGCAGCCGCAUCAGCAUGGCCUGGUCAUCGGAGAAAUUGUGCGCAUGCAUUUGCGCGAGGAUGUAUUGUACGAGGGCCCCAACGGUUACCGGGUCAAUCAUCAGGCACUGCAGCCCACGGGCCGGUUGGCCGGCAACGCUUACUGCCGCACUGACGAUGUGUACGAACUGAUCCGCCCCAAUUACGUUCCGGAAGAGGCCGAACAGACCGCCGGACAACCCGCCGACUGA